GACGCGGCAGGGGCGAAGGAGACGGCUCCGCGCCUCCUGGCGGGAUCCCGACGCCUCCUGGGGCUGCCGGCGGAGCGUCUGGGGCGGCGCGGCCAUGGCUCAUCUCCGGGGAUUUGCCAACCAGCACUCUCGAGUGGAUCCGGAGGAGCUCUUCACCAAGCUCGACCGCAUUGGCAAGGGUUCGUUUGGGGAGGUCUACAAGGGCAUCGAUAACCACACCAAGGAGGUGGUGGCCAUCAAGAUCAUCGACUUGGAGGAGGCGGAGGAUGAGAUUGAGGACAUCCAGCAGGAGAUCACCGUGCUCAGCCAGUGCGACAGCCCCUACAUCACCCGCUACUUCGGCUCCUACCUGAAGAGCACCAAGCUGUGGAUCAUCAUGGAGUACCUGGGUGGCGGCUCUGCGCUGGACUUGCUGAAACCAGGCCCCCUGGAGGAGACGUACAUUGCCACGAUCCUGCGGGAGAUUCUGAAGGGUCUGGAUUAUCUGCACUCUGAGCGCAAGAUCCACCGAGACAUUAAAGCUGCCAACGUGCUGCUCUCAGAGCAGGGGGAUGUGAAGCUGGCAGACUUUGGGGUGGCCGGGCAGCUCACAGACACGCAGAUCAAGAGGAACACGUUUGUGGGCACCCCCUUCUGGAUGGCGCCUGAGGUCAUCAAGCAGUCCGCCUACGACUUCAAGGCCGACAUCUGGUCCCUGGGGAUCACGGCCAUUGAGCUGGCCAAGGGGGAGCCUCCAAACUCUGACCUCCACCCCAUGCGCGUCCUGUUCCUGAUUCCCAAGAACAGCCCACCCACCCUGGAGGGCCAGCACAGCAAGCCCUUCAAGGAGUUCGUGGAGGCCUGCCUCAACAAGGACCCCCGAUUCCGGCCCACGGCCAAGGAGCUCCUGAAGCACAAGUUCAUCACACGCUACACCAAGAAGACCUCCUUCCUCACGGAGCUCAUCGACCGCUACAAGCGCUGGAAGUCUGAGGGGCAUGGCGAAGAGUCCAGCUCUGAGGACUCGGACAUUGAUGGCGAGGCGGAGGACGGGGAGCAGGGCCCGAUCUGGACAUUCCCCCCCACCAUCCGGCCAAGUCCACACAGCAAGCUUCACAAGGGGACGGCCCUGCACGGCUCACAGAAGCCCGUGGAGCCCGUCAAGAGGCAGCCAAGGUCCCAGUGCCUGUCCACGCUGGUCAGGCCCGUCUUCGGAGAGCUCAAAGAGAAGCACAAGCAGAGCGGCGGGAGCGUGGGCGCGCUGGAGGAGCUAGAGAACGCCUUCAGCCUGGCCGAGGAGUCCUGCCCCGGCAUCUCGGACAAGCUGAUGGUGCACCUGGUGGAGCGAGUGCAGAGGUUUUCACACAACAGAAACCACCUGACAUCUACCCGCUGAAGCACACUGCUGUUCAGAGAGGGGACAGAAGGUCCUUUGUUUUGUUCUGAGCUCCGUAAUAACUGUGCUGACUUGGAAGGUGCCCCAUGCUGUGUCGUGCCUGCAGGGACACAUCAGAUCCUGUGGGCCUCACCUGCCAGGUCACCGUCUCCUACCCCUGCACUGUGCUGUCCUGCACGUCAGGGGAUGCUGCUCCACGUGCCCACUGCCCCGCUUCCGCUCCUGGCCCAGCAGUAGAGUCCACAGGGGCUCCAGCAGCCGGCAAGGCCCUCGUGAGUUACGCCUGGCUCUUCUGCAGACUCUCACAGCCCCAUGGCUGCUCAGACCAAGGAGCAGAGCAACUAUCAGGGCAGCUCUGCCUCCUCCUCCCGUGAGGUGGGGAGAGGCAACGGGGCAGCCCAGAGGAGUGCCCUGGCCACUGUCCUCCUGGGGCCCAUCAUGGCCACAGAUUUGCCCUGUGGUGUUGGAUCAGGUACCGUGUCUGCUCAUAAGUACUUGUGUCAUCCAGAAUGUUGUUUUGUUUUUUAAGAAAAUGGAAUUUACUUGUUUCCUUAAUAUUCUGAGGUUAAUAUGUUAGUUUUCAUAGAACACUGAGAGGCCCCUGCCACUUUCAAUAAAGACCUGACUUGGAGACA